AUGUCCAGAGAUGUUGUUCAAAAUACUGUCACUUCUUUGUCUGCUUCAGGUGGCCGUCAUUUGGCUUCCUUGAUUCAUUCGUUCACCAGACUUUUAGGUCCUGCUGCCUAUGGCGCUUCUCCUUCUGCCAUUCAUGACCACAAUCGCAUUCGUUGGCUGUUAAUUGGGUCACUUACUGUGGCUGGUAUAUUCUCUACUAAUUCCAUCAUCAAUUUGUUCUUCUACACCAACUCUAAACAGUCUUCUACUUCAAGCAAGUCCAAUCACUCAACUGGUGCUAAACAGCAUCCUCAAAACAGUCAGCUUGCCAAGAAUGAACUGAUGAUGGAAUCAGUAGAUGUGCUUCAAACUGAGUGUUUGAGUGACAAUACUCAAUCAUUUGUUCCUCAAAGCCGUCACUCUUCUAAUCGUCUUUCUUGUGUUCUAGUACCUGACAUUAGUCCUGACUCGAUUUUUAUUCAAAAAAUUGUCGAUUUUCUCAUCCGGCCAAAUAACACCAACUUUGAUAUCAACUGUUCUACAGAUUUGCAUAUCAGCGAUUAUCUUUUUCAACAGCAAUCCAAACCACCUUCUCUUUCUCUUCCAUUGUUUCAAGCUCAACAAGAUCAUUUGAUCAACGAGAUUAAAUCUGCAAAACGGCCUCGUCAUCCACUAUUAGUGGAAGGCGGUCCAGGAAUCGGCAAAGGCGCAUCCCUACACACUUUUGUUCAAAGUCAAUCUCAACUUCGUCCUGCAUUCUAUCUCAAACUUGACAACGUACUUUCCAAACUUGGUGUUCAUCAGAGUUUUGACACAUUUCAGCACUUGCAAACAGAUCUAUGCAACGAUUCCUUUUCUGAUCAAACAGUUCUUGCAAGCAAUACAGACAUUGAGCAGCCAGAAAUGUCAAAUAGCUGCUAUAUUGCCGAGUCAUGGCGAUCUGCUAUUGAAACCAUCUUUGGACUUGAUUAUCUUCGUCAGGAACAGUUGUACGAUGCAAAUGGCGAUCCACUCAACAUGCUUUCCGCUUCGUUUGACCACAUCACAGAAGCACUUCGACUCAUUCGUGCUAAAUCUCGAUAUGGUCCAACACUACUUGUGAUUGACAACCUUGAGCUACUGUUCAACGGCCUUCCAGGAUAUGACAAGCGGCUUCGAUAUCGAUCUGUAGAAUCUGUAGAUGACCUUGAUGUGAUUGACUAUCUUUUAGAUCAAGUCAAUCCAACCAUUUCCAAAGAUCGUCAGUUUACUGAAGAAACAGCUUACAAAUUUGUAGAAACGUUUGAAGGCAACCUCACCGAGCUUUACCAAUACUGUCGAUCCACUCUGAGUGUUUCUGAAUUUAUUGCUCAACGUGAAGAUUCCUUUUUACAGUACCUCAAGGAACACAUUCCAACAAACCCACAUACACAAAAACACAACUCUCUCAAUCCUUAUGCGCCUCCAGUAAAAGAAGACGCUGAUUUCAAGGACAUUAUUUUGGAAAUGAUUAUGCGUAACGGAGUCAUUUCCUUGGCUAUGAUGGAUUCAGAACGAUUGAAUUUAAUUGAAGUGCUUGUGGAAAAAAACUUUUUGCGAUGGAGAGAUGCUCGUAUACGACGUCGUCACCAAGAUCGUGCCAUGGGAUUAAAAGUUCGUCGAAUACGUGCCAGCAGUAUUGCCAGUACAAGUAUUGAUAUUGCAUCCGAAGUAAGCGGAGAAACUAUGGAAACAAAUGUAGAUGGCAGUAGCGAAUGGAAACCUAGACCCUUGUCAGGAGUGUAUGAACAAGACAUGCUUUUACUUGAACAGCAAAUGGACGAUCCUUUUGCAUUUUUACGAAGAGGCGAUACUGAAUUGGUUUGGUACAACAGACUUGUAGGAAAUGUUUGUGAACGAUGGUUUAAUGAAAACGCUUGGUGAUUGAUUU